AUGGCAACAAAUUCAUCAUCGUCUCUUAGUGAUUUUUAUUUAUCCUGCCGAAAUGAUGAUAUUGAAAAAGUGAAAGCAUAUUUAAAAACUUUAACGGUUCGACAAAUAAAUCGUCUUGAACCAAACGGCAGUACAGCACUCCAUGCCGCAUCCUAUUAUGGUCAUACAAAAACGGUUCAGUUACUGUUAGAAAAAGGUAUUACGUCAAGAUCAAUAAUAAAUAAAUAUCGUCUAACUGCCUAUCAGGAAGCUAAAACAAAUGAAAUAAAACAAUUAUUUCGACGUCAAAAUGGUUCGAGCAGAUUCGUGGGUGGAACAAACGGAACAAACAUUGAAUGGAAUAAAAUUGGUAUUAAUAUUGAAAAAGAAGCAAUUAAACAACGAUAUGACCAUAGUGAUAAAUGGGAUGAUUCAGAUAUUCGUACAACUGUCAGUUAUAUAUAUAAAGAUUAUUUAGACAAAAAUCUACGUAAUCUAAAAGAUAUCGCUUUAAUUAACUGGUACUACGCUCUAGCAGCAGAAGAAAAUACUGCUAAAUAUUUGAUUACAGCGUAUACAGCGGAAACCGAUUAUUACAAAGUUUUAAAUAAAGAAUUAGCUACCGUACAUGAAAAUGAGAAUAAGUUAAUUGAUAGUUGGGUUGGACGAAACUGGAUUCUUCGAAUUAUGUGUUGCCAUCCAACUCUUAAUCCUUUCGGUUACAUCGGUAAUGCCUAUCGUGGUAUGCGUAUAACACAAGAUGAUUUAAACCAAUAUUCAGUUGGAAAUUAUUUAAUGAACAAAGCAUUUCUAUCCACUUCGAAAGAUCGUGAAAUUGCUGAAAAGUUUGCUUCAUUAGGUGAUAUUCAAGAUGGAAAGCUUUCUAUUAUUUGUAUUUAUAUAAUUCGAAAUCGUCGUGCGGCUUUGGAUGUUGAGACAAUAUCAGAUUAUCCGGAAGAACACGAAAUUUUAAUAAUGCCCUACUGUGUAUUUGAGGUUAAAUAUAUCAGACGAAACAUAAAUAAUAGUGUAUGCAAUGUCGAAAUUGUCCUAAAACAAUGUGAAACAGAUAAAUUAUGUUGUAUUCAGUAA